GGAAGAAGAAGGAGAAGACGAGCUGUUCUCGAGAUUCUAAAGUUUCCAUGCGGUCGAGGAAAUUCUAUGGCGGUUCCGAAUUCUCCAACGACGGGCACUUGUGUUAUUAUGCCAUCUCGUUGAAGUGCGGCGGGAAGAAGAAAGAGAAGAAUCCAGAAGCAGCAAUGAUAAAGAAGAGGCUGAAAUUGGUUAAAGGGCUGUCGAGGGAUUUGUUGGCUUUUUCCAGGAUGGGUUUUGGACUCGUAACCGUCGACAGUCGGAUCAGAGAAGUCAAGGGGAAGACAAUCUCGGAAGCAGCAGAAGUUCUACUGGCACAGUUGCUACAGAGAUGAAGAGAA